AUGCCUGUUUUGCCUCAGCCUUUGUUCGAGCUUGCGGUAAGCCAAACACUCUCACCGGUACCGCUGCCUUCUUCGUCGAAAGGUCAACUACCAGAAAGAUUCGAACCGCCAAAGCAACGCAAACUUAGUCCGGGCGCAAUUGUUGGCAUCUCAGUGGGGGUGGCGCUCUUGGUACUGUUGAUCAUUCUCUAUACUAUCCUAGCCUCUACGCGCUAUCGGCGAACUGGAACCAACCCUCAGUCGUCUCGUUCCCCAAAUCCUGAUCCUGACGACGAACCUCCCCUCUUAAAUCGCCCAACGCAAUUCCAAGCAACUACCUCCAGCUCACCGGAUACACCCAGUCAUUCGAAUGCACCGAACGAUAUAGAUCCGUUCAUCAAUCCCGAUAUUCCGAGAAUAUCAAUUUUAGAUGUCGAUGGGCGAAGUAUUAGUAUUGUCCCAGUCGACGGGCACGAUGAUCCUGGCUGCUCCAUCCCACCGGCAACUUCAAAUAGUGUCGAUAGGCCACUGGUGUCCACGAGCACUAGUAGAUUUGAUGGUGCCCCGAUUGAGGAAAACGACCGGAAGGCUAGUCGAGAAAUUGGAGCGAUGAUGAGCGCUUUGAGACAAGCACGGAGGAAAAUCAGUGUUAGGACCGGGAAGAGAGGAAACAGGGCGCUAGGAUAG